AUGUUCGACGAGCCGGUUGUAUUCUUCAUCGAUGUUGUCGAUAACGGAUUCUUCCCAUUUACUCGCGAGGGAAGCGAAGAGAUGUCAGUUGGCAAACGUCAAGGAGACGAUGGUCCGAUCCGUGUAGAACUUCGGAACAACAGCGACGUCGGCGGUCAUGGAACUGUUCACCUUGUGACUCCCAUGUCCAUCGGGAAUGAGAGGGCUUCCGGAAUUGCGAGUUACCACGGAUGGCAACGAAACUUGUCAGAGCUGGUUGUUGAACCACGUCUUCUCGAUCGUAAAUGUCCGAUUCCGGUUGUCAAGCCUUCGUACGAAUCGAUGCUCAUGGCCAAGUACGUGUUGACGAGGACACCUACGUUGCCGACGCCUCUGCUGUCGCAUGUUUAA